GGAUCUGUCUGUGUCUGACUGAUCUGUCAUUCUUUUCGGGCUUCUUUACUUUUUGUGUUCCUUGGCGACAGUUUUAUGAAAUUAUAACAGGAUAAUAUGUUAACAUGGCCGUGCAGUCUGAUUCCGGCGGGAAGGACGACAUUAAGACCCAAUUUGUGACCAGGGAGGGGACGUACAGGCUGAUGACGCUCUCGGAAUACUCUCGCCCGAACCGUGUGGGCUACCCGAGUGGAUCCGGCGCCUCGCAUGUGAGGGUGUCCCUGGUGUCCCUGCCGCCGCCGGCCGCCGAGGGCGCCGCGGAGGGGCCGCCCGGCUCCGACGACCGGAUAUGCUUCAACCACGGGAAGGAGCUCUAUGUUUACGUGUACAGAGGAGUCAAGAAGGCAGUAGAUCUCACAAAACCAGUUGACAAGAAAAUGUAUAAGAGCACCAACCCAACUUGCCAUGAUUUCAACACGGUCACACUCACACCGGACACGGUUUCACUGGUCAUUGGGUUCUCAACUGGCCAAAUACAACUGAUAGACCCUAUUAAAAAGGAAUUAAGUAAAUUAUACAAUGAAGAGAGGCUAAUAGACAAGAGCCGCGUGACGUGCAUCCGCUGGGUGCCGGGCAGCAGCAACCUGUUCCUGGCGGCGCACGCGUCGGGGCAGCUGUACGUGUACAACGAGGAGCUCGGCUCCGGCGCCGCGCCCGCCUACCAGCUGUUCAAGCAGGGCGACGGCUACUCCGUGCACACCUGCCGCGCCAAGUCCACGCGCAACCCGCUGUACCGCUGGCUCAUCGGCGCCGGCGCCGCCAUCAACGAGUUCGCCUUCUCCCCGUGCGGCGCCGACCUCGCCGUGGCCAGCCAGGACGGCUUCCUGCGCGUGUUCCACUACGACACCAUGGAGCUGGUGGGCCGCGCGCGCUCGUACUUCGGCGGCUUCCUGUGCGUGUGCUGGUCGCCCGACGGCCGCUACGUGGUGGUGGGCGGCGAGGACGACCUGGUGACCGUGUGGUCGCGCGCCGAGCGGCGCGUGGUGGCGCGCGGGCAGGGCCACCGCUCCUGGGUCUCCGUCGUCGCCUUCGACCCCUACGUGCUGAGCUUCGCGGACCCCGAGCACGCGGCGGCGGCGGGCGAGGCGGCGCCGUGCUACCGGCUGGGCAGCGUCUCGCAGGACACGCAGCUGUGCCUGUGGGACCUCACGGAGGACGUGCUGCGGCCGCCGCCGCGCGCGCGCGCCUCCGCGCACCUGUCCCCGCCCGCGCCCGCGCCCCCCGCCAGCCCUAACGGCGUGCCCGGCAAGCAGCCGCGCCGCCGCGUGGCGCACAAGCACGCCGAGCUGCCCGAGCCGGCCGGCAAGGGCCGCGCGCGCAACAACGUGGCCACGCUCAACAUCAGCGUGGGCCGCGCCAAGGACGAGGGCUCGGGCUCGCUCGGCGUCAACUCGCUCACGCAGCGCCUCGCCGGGUUCUCGUUCGGCGAGCGGCGCUCCGAGCACCGCCGCAACUUCAGCCUGUCGUCCAAGCCGGAGGGCAAGGCGGGGGCGGGCGCGCCGCGGGGGGACGCGCUGGACCCGCUGCGGCUCAUCGGCACGGCGUCCUGCCCGCGCUUCGACGAGUGCCCCGUGCUGGAGCCGCUGGUGUGCAAGAAGAUCGCGCACGAGCGGCUCACGGCGCUGCUGUUCCGCGCCGAGUACUUCGUGACGGCGUGCGCGGACGGCGUGGUGCACACGUGGGCGCGGCCGGCGGGGGCGCGCGCGGGGGCGGGGGGCGCGGGGGGGCCGGGGGCGGGGGGCAGGCAGGACGCGGCCGACUAGUGCGCGGUGUUCGCGCGCUGCCGCCGCCCCGCGCCCCGCGCCCCCCGCCCCGCGCGCACGCUGUGACCCGCGCCCGCGACCGACCCCGUCGGUUGCUCAACAGACUAUUGAACGGUGGAUUCUCAUUAUCAGUGGAAAAUUCGGAGUUAUUGGGAGCUAUUCUGGAGCAAGCUGCAUUAAAUUUAGUGCUGUCAAAUCUUCGCAAUCAUGAAGUCGCGCUACUUUUAAAAUUGGUUGCUUCAGAAUCGGUUCUCAUGCUCUUAUUUGAUGUGACAAUCAAGUUACAAGUGCGGUGAGGCCGGCGGUCGGUCGGCCCCAGUGAUGACGUCAUUAUUCCAUAAAGCAAGGUUGUGUGAAUGUGUGCUAGUGUGUAAAGGCGAUCGUUCUGAAACUAUAUCGUGACAAGUUUAUAUUCACUUCUGUUUCUGCCACAAAAACUAUAAUUAUAUUAAACCUUUGCGUAUUAUGUACGGUCUAUACCUAUCGGAUUUGUGGAUAUGUAAAAAUAUUAUUAGGUAUAUUUCAUGCUUCUUGAAAAUGAUUAGGUAGUUACUUAGAAAAUGUAACCAUGGUGUAAAUACAUGCAU